CAUAUAAUAGUAGAUUCGUCUCAAUCGUAUCAUAUCUCCUUUUCUCUUACAAAUAUCAAGACCCUCGCCUGGCAUCUUGAUAGGAGAAAAGUGGCCCAUUUCUUCUUCAAUCAAAGGAAGAAAUGGCGGGUGACCCGGUUAACAUCAGCGAGUUCCAAGAACUGGCCCGGCAAGCUCUGCCGAAGAUGAGCUACGACUACUUCAGCGGAGGAGCUGAGGACGAGCACACCUUGAGGGAGAACGUCGAAGCGUUUCGAAGAAUCACGUUUCAGCCAAGAAUUCUUAUAGAUGUGAGCAAUGUAGAUGUGUCGUCGUCGAUAUUGGGGUACAAUGUUUCAGCCCCGAUCAUGGUCGCUCCGACUGGAUUGCAUAAACUGGCUCACCCCGAAGGAGAGGUCGCCACUGCCAGAGCUGCUGCAGCAUGUAAUACAAUCAUGGUGCUAUCAUUUUCAUCUAAUUGCACCAUUGCGGAGGUUGCUUCCAGCUGCAAUGGGAUCCGUUUCUAUCAAUUAUAUGUAUACCAAAGACGAGAUGUUUCGGAGAAGUUAGUACGGAGAGCCGAGCAGAACGGAUUCAAGGCUAUCGUUCUCACCGCUGACACUCCAAAGCUUGGUAGGAGGGAAAGGGACAAAAGGAAUAAAUUGGUUGUGCCUAUGUUGAAGAAUCUCGAAGGUCUCUUGUCAGUGGAAGUCAAUUCUGAAGGAGGCUCAAAGAUCGAAGCCUUAGGAUCACGGAACAUGGAUCCUUCUUUGAGUUGGAAGGACAUUGGAUGGUUGAAAUCUAUAACGAGCCUGCCGAUUCUGAUCAAGGGCGUGCUCACUGCAGAAGAUGCUAGAAUGGCAGUCGACGCUGGUGUAGCAGGGGUGAUUGUAUCAAACCAUGGUGCUCGCCAGCUUGAUUAUGCGCCAGCUUCGAUAACUGUUCUUGAGGAGGUGGUGGAAGCUGUAGCUGGAAGAGUUCCUGUUCUCGUCGAUGGAGGAAUCCGGCGAGGAACUGAUGUUUUCAAGGCCUUGGCUCUUGGAGCCCAAGCUGUUAUGGUUGGGCGGCCGGUGAUCUACGGCCUGGCGGCAAAGGGAGAAUACGGUGCGAGGCGAGUCAUAGAAAUGUUGAGGGAUGAGCUCGAGCUCACCAUGGCACUCAACGGAUGCCGCUGUGUGAAGGAUAUUACCAGGAGCUAUGUGCGGACAGAACGCGACCGGUUGAGAUCCUUGCUUUGAUGUUGUGGGUGGAGAAAUCGAACAAUGUGGGCCACUCAAUUCCUUAAAUAAAAUUGGAACCGUUGAGUAUGUGACCGGUGUGGCCCACUUGAGUUGUAUCACCAAACAUUUGAUUGGACUGUAGUCUCACCAAGUUCAUUUGUGUAGACUCCCAAGUGAUUAUAAUUCUCAUAUAGGACAAUUAGAAUUGUAAUGCUAAGCUUGCUGUGUAGGUGGAUAUUAGUAAAUUUAUAAUAAGGCAGGACUGGGUUUUUGUGGGGUUUGGAUUGAGCUGAGUGGGCCGCUGGUGAUCGUAAAGGGCGUGUAAUCUCAUACGCUAAAAUUGAGAAGCUCGAUUGUAAUUGGGUGGUUUGCGUGCU